UUUCAAAUUUCAUUUCAAUCAUUCGCGGAGUUUAUUGCGACGGGGAAACUGCGUUGUGAAUAAAACUCUAAUUAUUAUUUGCGUUUCCCUAUCCAUUGUAAAGAAUUUGGUGAUGUGUGUACAGUUAUGAUAAAAAGAGUGUAAUGAACAAAUUAGGUGCAAAUUCCCGGGAGACCAUGAAGAAUUCGUGGUUUACUAGUUUUGUUCGCUUUCUACCAGCCCUCAUAGGAUGUUUGCUGCUGAUACACUUAGCUGAACACAUACCGACAGCUUCGGCCAAAGACCAGUGUGUGUGGUACGGAGUGUGCAAAGACAACAGAUACAAUUGCCCCUAUGAUGGACCACCGAAACCCAUUGAAGAUGAUGCCAAGAUGCUCAUCGAGAAGUACUGCCCCGACAUCGCAGCCACAGGCACGUCGUGUUGCGGCACGGACCAGCUCAAGAACCUCGACGAGAAGAUCGGCACGGCCGCCACCCUGCUCGGCCGAUGCCCCAACUGCUACCAGAACUUCCUCAAGCAGAUCUGUGCCAUGACCUGCGGGAACAACCAGGCGGAUUAUAUUCAUCCGGCGAAGGUCGUCAAUGAUUCUGCUACGGGAAUCGCAUACAUCGAAGAGAUCGACUACCAUCUCUCGGACACGUACAUGCAAGCCACGUUCAACUCGUGUAAAGAGGUACAAGUCCCCUCCAUGAGUCAGCUCGCCAUCAGCGUCAUGUGUGGCAGCUACGGAGCCACCUACUGCACAGCCCACCGCUGGUUCAGUGCCAUGGGAGACGCCACCAUCCCAUACGUGCCCUUCCAGAUCAACUACAUACCUGGGGAUGAGUCUAAAGAUGGGUUCAAGCCGUAUAGUGCGGUUACGAAGAAGUGCUCUGAAGGCAGUCCGGGUUCCCCCGGCUGCUCCUGCCUCGACUGCUCCGCCUCGUGCCCCGCCCCCCCGCCGCGCCCCGCGCCCCCCCGCCCCUUCUCCAUCGCCGGAGCUGACGGAUACGCCGUCAUCAUGGCGAUAGUGUUCGUGAUAUUCACCACGCUGUUCCUGGGAGGGGUUUAUUGCUGUAAUCAGGAGCCGAAUGUUGUUGACGGAUGGGGCGAGGCGCGCGCGCUGAGGGGCGACGGCGCCGAGACCAGCCCGCUGCACAGCCAUCGCUCCAGUGUAGUGUCAGACAACGACCAGGAGAUGGCGUCCCCCCCCACGGGCGCCGACGCCACCGACGCGCCCGCCACGUUCUUCGAGAGGCUCGGGGCCGACACGGAGACCAAGAUGGAAGACUUCUUCCAGUGGCUGGGUGUUACGAUGGCGUCGAGGCCGUGGAUUGUGCUGUUUUUGGGUCUCUGCCUAAUCGUCGGUCUAGGCCACGGAAUCAAAUACAUGGAGAUAACAACAAACCCAGUGGAACUGUGGGCCUCACCCACAUCUCGAUCCAGAGUGGAGCGAGAAUACUUUGACUCUCACUUCGAGCCGUUCUACCGGACUGAGAUGCUCAUAAUUAGCUCUAAGGGGCUGCCGAAUAUUGAGCAUAAGACGCUAGAUGGCGUUGUUAACUUUGGACCGGUGUUCAACGCGAGCUUCCUGCUUGAAGUGCGGGCGCUGCAGGAGAGGAUUAAAGCUCUAGGCAACACAACGGGCAUCCAAGACAUCUGCUUCGCGCCCCUCUCCUCUCCCUUCACUGGCCCAGUCACCCCCGACAACUGCGCCAUACAGUCCAUCUGGGGCUGGUUCCAGAACGACGUGGAGAUCUUCAAUGAAACUGAUGUCGAUGAUCAAGGAAACGAGAUCAACUAUUUGAACAAGAUUAUCGAUUGUACCAACAACCCCUUCAACCCGAGCUGCCUCUCAGUCUACGGCGGCCCAGUCCUCCCCGCCAUAGCCCUGGGCGGGUUCCUGCGCGCCGCGGAGCCGCUGGGCAAGGACUCGCGGUUCCACGAGGCCACCGCCGUCAUCAUCACCCUGCUGGUCAACAACAAACAUGAUAAGGAGCAGCUAAAACCAGCCCUAGAAUGGGAGAAGACCUUCAUAGAGUUCAUGAAGAACUACACUGAAAACGAGAUGCCUUCAUACAUGGACAUCGCCUACACCUCCGAACGGUCCAUAGAGGAUGAAUUAGACAGAGAGAGCCAAUCCGACGUGUCCACUAUACUCGUCUCUUACUUCAUCAUGUUCGCGUAUAUUGCUAUCUCGCUCGGACGGUUCACGACGUUUUCGAGGCUGCUGGUUGAUAGCAAAGUCACGCUGGGGCUUGGAGGUGUGAUGAUAGUGCUCGCUUCAGUGGUGUGCUCUAUCGGUUUGUUCGGAUUUGUGGGAGUACCGGCUACCCUGAUUAUUGUUGAGGUGAUCCCAUUCCUGGUGUUAGCUGUAGGCGUGGACAACAUCUUCAUCUUGGUGCAGACGAGCCAGCGCGAGGCGAGACGACCUACGGAGACCGUGGCUGAGCACAUUGGGAGGACUCUCGGCACAGUCGGCCCGUCAAUGUUCGUGACAUCCAUCUCCGAAUCCGUGUGUUUCUUCCUCGGAGCCCUGAGCGACAUGCCGGCAGUAAGGGCAUUCGCUCUAUACGCCGGGGCCGCGCUAUUGGUGGACUUCAUUCUGCAAGUCACGUGCUUUGUUGCACUAUUGGCUAUCGACACGCAUAGGCAGAAUGAUAAUAGAUUCGACAUAUUCUGCUGCAUGCGCGGCCAAAAGACCGACAACGCGGAACAGUCAGAAGGCGCUCUCUAUAACCUGUUCAAGUACGUGUACGUGCCGUUCCUGAUGCGGCGCGAGGUGCGCGCCAGCGUCAUGGUCCUCUUCUUCGCCUGGCUCUGCUCUAGUGUCGCUGUGGCGCCACACAUCGACAUCGGCCUAGACCAAGAACUAUCCAUGCCCCACGACAGCUUCCAGCUCAAGUACUUCCAACAUUUGAACCAAUACCUCAACAUUGGCCCCCCAGUCUACUUCGUGGUGACGGAGGGAUUAGACUAUUCGGACAAGGGAACACAGAACAUGAUAUGUGGGACCCGGUUUUGUAGCCCCGACAGCGUGGCUAUGCAGCUUUAUGCAGCAACCCAACUGUCGAACGAGACCUACAUCGCGCAGCCGCCUAACUCGUGGUUGGAUGACUUCUUCGAUUGGUCGGAUAAUAGCGCUUGCUGCAAGGUGUACCCGAACAAUGGCAGCUUCUGUCCUAAUGAUGACCCUUCGGGCACCUGCCAACCUUGCGACAUCAAGCUCCUGGAACCAGAAAACCGUCCCAGCUCAGCAGACUUCAACCACUACGUGCCCUUCUUCCUACAAGACAACCCUGGAGCCUCCUGUCCCAAAGCAGGCCACGCGGCUUACAGCCAAGCCGUCAACUACCAGAUGUUCAACAAAUCCGCCAAAUUUGGAGCCACUUAUUAUCAAGGAUACCACACUGUGUUAAAGACUAGUGCAGAUUAUUACACAGCUUUGAGAUCUGCUAGGUCUGUAGCCGCAAACUUGACUGAAACGAUAAACAGAAGUUUGAAGGAAGAAGGCAAGAAUGUGACAGUGAAUGUGUUCCCGUAUUCGGUGUUCUACGUGUUUUACGAGCAGUAUCUGACGAUGUGGCCCGAUACGCUUAAGUCUAUGGGGAUAUCGGUGCUGUCGAUCUUCAUUGUCACGUUUAUACUGAUGGGCUUCGAUCUGUUCUCGGCUUUGGUGGUGGUGAUCACGAUCACGAUGAUCGUGGUGAACAUCGGCGGCCUCAUGUACUGGUGGGGCAUCAGCCUCAACGCAGUGUCGCUGGUUAACCUCGUAAUGGCAGUUGGCAUAGCCGUGGAAUUCUGCUCCCACCUCGUCCACAGCUUCAGCGUGGCCCCCGGGUCCGGCCGCGAGGCUCGCACUCGCACCGCCCUGACGCGCACGGGCAGCGCCGUGCUGUCCGGCAUCACGCUCACCAAGUUCGGCGGCAUCAUCGUGCUGGGCUUCGCCAAGAGCCAGAUCUUCCAGGUGUUCUACUUCCGCAUGUACCUCGGGAUCGUGUUGUUCGGCGCGGCGCACGGGCUCGUGUUCCUGCCCGUCAUGCUCAGCUAUAUCGGCUCGCCGAUGAACAAACAGAAGCUGCACAACCAGAUGCUGCGGGGGAAGGAGAUGGGUGUGGCAGAAACGUCCUUGACUCGAGUAAGCGACGGCCGCGAAUCCAGGCCCUACAGGCAGUAUAACUUUGACACAUUGCUAGGUUGAGACGUCGGACGAGAAUGGAUCAUGUUGAAGUGAAUUAAGUUAUUGCCGUGCUGUAUUAUUUCAUGAGGGUCGCGUUGAGAGCCGUGUUUGGAAAUUUUCUUGGGUAUUUGAACUUUUUUUUGGAAGAGACAAGUUUUUUGAUAAAUAAUGUCAUGAGCAUGGCAGACAUUUGGAACCUAUACUUAAUUAUCCAUAUUUAUAUUAUUUAAGGUUCCUAUGCAAGGUUACUGUGAAAAUUAUAUUACAGCUUCAUUUAAGUUAAAUUGAUAUAAACAAUAUACAUAUUGAUUCACAUCCUUUCUCGUUGCCGACGCUUUACUAACGCAGGUGUAUAGUUGUGGUGGCCUUAGAUGUAUCAUACAAAUCACCUUGCUUAUAAACAUUACACCACAUUCAUAAUCAUAAUCUACUUACAAGGUGUUGCAAAAUUGGUAUCCUAAAAUGUAAUAUGCAACGUGAGUCCUUUCGGCUUAUUAUAUACUUUUUGCAACACCCUGUAUAUAUUUGCGAUAUUUUGACGCUUCGAUAGCUUCUUCACCAAGCUGCAUUAGACACGUAGUAAUAUAUACUGAACGGGUAUUCGUUAUUGAAAUUUUACACGCUAUUAUAUUUUGGCGUAUACUGGAAUGUAUUAUGUUUAUAAGCAAAGUGUUUUUUUUUUUUCAAUUUAUUUGUUUUGAAUGCUGAAUAUUAAGUUAUGCCUUUCGAAUGUUUGUCUACUCCGAGAGGCAUAGUUUAUAUUCGGGAGGAAUGGUUGUACUAUUUAAGGCGAAGCUACUACGAUCCUUAAAACUUUUAAGUAAAAAGUAUAUUUUUAUUUGUAGUAGCCAUCAAUAGAUUUUGUGUAAAAAAGUGUGCUUCGCCUCAAUAUUGAAUGGAUAAAUAGCAUUUACUGUAGUGAUUACGAAAUGUAUUUUUUAAUGAAAAGCAUGACUGUAUAUAAAAUUAUACAUUUCGAUAUCUUACGAGGGACUGGUUUCUAACCAUUAUGAAUAAAUUAUUCGGUUUUGGGACGCCCUUCCUUUAGAUAUACAUAAUUUUAUAAUCAUUAUUAUGUUUUAAUAGCCCUUCGCAUGUUAAGAUAGAUUUGUGUAGAAAACCUACCAAAUUAAUUGUCAUUCCUAUUAAUGUCGAAUUUAAUUUAAUAAUUAAAUUAUUUAAUUUAUUCAUGUUUCGCUUAGCAUCACUGCCUAUUUAUUAUUUGGAUUUCUAUAAUUUAAAAGAAAAUUUUCAUGUAAUUUUGAUUAGCACCAUUUUAGCGUUACCUUAUGCACGUAUCAUUUUAAUUUAAUUUUAUAGGUACAGUGACAUUAAAAUUUUAGGAAUUAUUUAUACGUUCGUUUAAUAGGCAUUAUUGUUUUGUUUUGCUUUAAGUGGAACUCUAGUAUAAUGUCAUAGUUUAUUAUUAUAUUUUAUCCAGAGUAUUUAACCGAAAAACUGUCUAGAUAAAUGUAGGCUUAAGUAUUUUAAAAGAAAUAAACUUCCUAUUGUGGAUUUGUUUAGAUAAUUGCUGAGAUUACCUUUAACAGUUAUUAUUUUUCCAAAACGUAUUUAAAUAAUCUACGUUUAUUCUUAUAAUAAUUGUUCCAUGUUUAGUGAACAAGUUAUUUUCUGCAACGAGAUUUUAUAAACACACAAUGGUGUUGUAUCAAAUUCAUUUUGCAACAAUGGUGACUAACAAAUGGGUACAAAGCUUUAUAACCAAAACAAUACUAAUUUUUCAACAAAUUGGUGAUGGUAAAUAAUUUAAUUGGUUUUUAAACAGCCUAGUCUCUCGACACAUUUGUAUAUGGAGCUCUGUAUCUUUUCCAGGUCCACCUAUAAAAAACACCAAGAAAAUUAAAGAACAAAUUAUUAUACCUAUCUUAAUUUAUUAGUUUGAACAUUGUGUUUUGUAUUAAGUUUUGUGAUUAUUAUUCGAAUUGAUUAACUUUAGUAGGUCCCCCUAAAUGUUCCUAUUUAAAAGUAAAUGUAUAGUGAAAUGUGUUGUAAACAACAUACUUUUAAAUAUAUUAGAAAAAAAAAUGUAAUCUGCUACAAUUCCAAAUAUUAAUCGGUAUUUUAAUCAAUUCACGAACACAUUGGAAUCUCCUACUUAAAGUUAGUACUUAAUAUAGAGAUUAUAGCUCUUUGUCCAAAGGUUAAUGUUGUAUAUACCUACAGACAGUUUAUACAUAAAUAUUGUGAUAGCAAUAAAUUAUGUUUUUUUAGUAA